AUGGUCACAUCACAGUUUGCUCGGUUGCAUCAUUAUCUGUUUGCUGCUGUGAUUACUCGAGUGUUCAUUCAUUCUCCUCGCUGGCUGCCUGACUUGCUGUCGGCUUGCGCGCUCGUUUGCACGCCCGGCCGCCAGCUUGCUCGGUUUGAGCAUGGCCAGUCAAUUAGUGGAUCGCUUGCAUCGCUGCCAGCCUGCCUCGAUCUACCUUUGCUUCGCCGCUUACUCGCCACUUUCUUUUGCCUCACUCUUUGCCUUCUCGUCACUUCUCUAUCGUCUGCUAUCCUGUCUUCUGCCCAUACAAUGGCCACUGUCUUCUUGCCUGCUUGUCCGUUUGCUUUUGCCUCACAUGCAUCCCCUCUUGUCAUCGUCUUCACUUAA